CAUAAUUUAAAAAAAAGCACUUAAACUUGAAAAAUGUUCUAUUAAUUUGUUUAUAUUUUGGAAAAUUGAGCGUCUCCCUUCCUGCAGUGGAAUAACGAGCAGUGGGAGGUGGCAGGAAAAGCAGAGCCACAGCCCCCGUGUAGAACAUACAUCCAUCCAGAUUCUCCUGCUUUAGGUAGCCAUUUGAUGAAGCAGCCCAUUUCUUUUCUCAAGCUGAAGCUCACCAACAACCCACUGGACCAAAGAGGCCAUCUCAUUCUGCAUUCCAUGCAUCGAUACCAGCCUCGCUUCCAUGUGGUGCAGGCUGACGACCUUUAUAGCGUGCGAUGGAGCGUCUUCCAGACCUUCACAUUCCCCGAAACCACCUUCACCGCAGUCACGGUCUAUCAGAACACCAAGAUCACCAAGCUGAAGAUAGACCACAAUCCCUUCGCAAAGGGUUUCAGAGAAGAAGGAACCCAUAGUAAAAGGCACAGAGCUCAGAAAAGUCAAUUGUGUUCAGAGAGUUCAGCGAAGAAACUAAAGUCUUCAGACAAGGAGCCACAGUUCAGAUGUUUUCAAAAUGUGCCAAGGCUUCCAUAUGACCCUCAAAGAGAGGAUUCAGAAAGCCUGAUACUUUCCAAAGAAGCGCCAAUAGCCCAGGACGAGCACAUGUCCCCAUGGGGAGGAGAGCAGGAACCCGGUCAAAGUCAGCACAGUGAAGGAGCCACAGAUUAUACAAACUCGGAGCAGCUUGUUCCAGGACAGGCCAACUACCAACCGAACAGAUCUCAGGAGAUUGGGAGAAUGUCCUCAACCUCCUGCACAGAUCCCCAAACUGACUGUCGCAGAUUUGAGACCAGAUCUACUGACAUGGCCACUGUUCCUGAGCAGGAGCUCUCAAGAACUCUGCCAUCCAUGAGUCUGGGUCCUUCUCAGAGGAAAGCGCUGGACUUCUCCAUGACCACCAACAUCAGAGGGUGCUCCAAAGUCAGGCCAGGAAUAUCUCUGUACGGUCAUUAUAACAUGGAGCAGCCUUUAGGCCACUGGAGUGGAGCUUUAGCAGGGCAAUACUCGAGCUCAGCCACACCGUACCCUCAGCCACACCCCUAUCCGCACCCACAUCACCUGAUGUCAGAGCACAGCAUCCAUCCGUCUGGAUAUCACCAGAGCAAUGUAGCAGAGUGGAGUCAGUAUUCUCUCUUCCCCUACUCUUGCUGAAGAACAGGUCAGAAAAUGAAAAGAUUAUACUGUUAGAAAAAUCUUAGCAUGGCAAAGGAAUAAAUGAAGAGGAACUUUUUUCUUUCAUGCUUGAUUCAGACACUGAAAAUAGACAAAUCUAGACUAAUACAUCACGGAGUAAAGGACUUGUUGAAACAGGCUGAAGUAAACCACAUAACGUGGCUGUGUGUGUGUGUGUGUGUGUGUGUUUUUUUUUUUAAAUGAACCUACACUUGCUUAUGAUUUUAAUUAAGAUAAACUCGUAGUUGAAUUUUGUCCCAUGUAUCUGAAUGCAAAUAUUAUACAUUGAAGGUGCAGUAGACAAAUCAUCAAUCAUAAUACUGUA